AUGGCUGAUCUACCAACGCUAGUCUUCGUACAUGGCUCUUGGCAUAGGCCUAAUUGCUAUGACAAAGUCACCCGACUCCUGCAAGAGCAGCAUGGGUUCAAAUGUGUCUCAAUGACCCUCCCCUCGACGGCCGGGAACCCGGCUGCGACCUACAAAGAUGAUCUCGAUGUUGUCCGCGAAGCUAUAUCCACCGAGACCACCCACGGGCGCAACGUGGUAGUUAUUGCACACUCCUAUGGAGGCAUGGUUGGCGGCAGCGCUAUCAAGGGGUUCGCGCAGCCACACGCACCCACUACACGGGAAACCCAGCCCCCGACAACGGGAUACGUCAUCGGCCUCAUCCUAAUCGCCUCCGGCUUUAGUCUAGCGGGCUUCUCUUUUAUGGACCCGUUCUUUGGCCAUCCGCCUCCUUCCUGGCGCGUCAAUAGCGAGACUGGCUUUGCCGAGCUUGUCACUCCUCCACGGGAGCUCUUUUAUCAUGACUUGCCAGCAGAAGAGGCGGAAUACUGGGUUUCUCAACUUACUACGCAGAGCCUCAAAGCAUUGUUCGAGGGCGGUGAACACUCAUAUACUGGUUGGAAAGAUGUUCCGGUCUUAUAUAUUGGCACCAUCGAGGAUCGGGGCUUGCCAGUGUUGGCGCAACGGUUAGGGGUGGGCAUGGCGCGAGAAAUGGGCGGCAGCGUGGAGCACAGGGAGCUGCGGACCAGCCAUUCUCCCUUUUUGAGCCAACCAGAGGCAACGGCGGGAAUCAUGCUAGAGGCUGUGAAGGCGUUUACGGACAAGUCCGAGGAAACCGAGUCCCCAAUGAGCUGCCGAUAG